AUGAGGCGUCGUCGCGGUCGCGCGUCGCGGGUCAUGCAGGGGGCCGCAAGUGCACCCGCGCCUCCCGCGGCCGAACCGCCCGGAUCGCAACAGAUCAAAACUGAAGUUAUCAGCGAGGCCAAAGUCGAAGCGGAUAAUCAAGCAAUGAAAAUUGAGGAACAGGAAACACGUGCGACGCGCACGACCAGCAUCGACAGUGAUAACCGUUCAGACAGAAGUGAAGAGGAAGAUUGCAGGCGAGCUCGGAAGAGAGCCGCGUCUACAUCAGCAUCACCUAUACCAUUGGACAAGAGAACAGCUCGUUUUGAGUGCCACAAGUGCUUACAGCGAUUUGAUUCAAUAAACGCCUUCGAUCUUCAUCGUUUCACGGCGCACGGGGACGACACCAGAUCCGGAUAUGACGACUACGUAGACUACUCUGGGAAGAAAUUCGCAGAUAUUUUAAAAAACCCUCAAGCUGAGCAGCGCUUUCGAUGCGAACAUUGCUCACGAGAUUUUCCAUCCGGACAAAUCUUAGACGUGCAUAGGAAAACGUGUACGUUAUCUACAAGGAUCUCUAGUCCUGAUCAUGACCGCAGAGAAGAUUUUUUCGCUAAAUUGGAUCUUAGAAAUAGAUCUUUCGGUAUACCAGGUACAUUGACCCCUCCGAUGGAUCGCUUUACACCUAAAUUUGAAGACGGACAUCUGACUAAUGGAAUUAGGCAUAUAGAUGCCGCAAGAGACUUAGCAGAUAUUCAAUCCAUUCUAAACGUUACAUCUGCUGGAAGUCUCUUAGAAAGACUGACAGGAACAAGAGUUGCUCUAGAAAAUGCUGUAUUAACACCUCCCGAUACUAUUACCAAAGAAAGGGAAACAGAGGAAACACAGGACAAUUUUGCAGCGGAAUUCAGACGAAUGAAGCUACGCGGUGAAUUCCCGUGUAGACUGUGUCCCGCAAAAUUUCCAAACCUGCGUGCCUUGAAAGGUCACAACAGAGUACAUCUAAGUGGAACCGGUCCUGGCCCCUACCAGUGCAACAUGUGUCCUCAUGCAUCUUUAGACAAGGCAGCACUUGUUCGGCACAUGCGCACCCAUAAUGGUGACAGACCUUAUGAGUGUGCUGUAUGUAAUUACGCUUUUACUACGAAGGCUAAUUGUGAACGACAUUUGCGUAAUCGUCAUGCCAAGGUGACGAGAGAAGAUGUUAAGCGCUCAAUAAUAUAUCAUCCGUCAGAAGAUCCUAAUAAUGAUGAGGUUAAUUCUAAGCUGGCUCGUGAUGAAGUUAAGAGAUCGCUUGCAUUCCACACACCAGAAUCAGAAAAACUCAGAGAACCCACGGACCGCAGCACACCGUUGACCCACUACAAUCCUAGCUUCAUACCCGAUAGACAUCCUGUAGCUUCACUUAAUAAAUCUUUGCCUGAUUCACCCGCAUUAACUCCCAGGGAGUCGGAAUUGCCAUUGCCUAGAAUAAAAGUUAAAGGCAUCGGACAACUCACUCAAAUACCAGAGUUUAGAACUCCAGAAAUUUCUUUCAAAGUCGAUAUACAACCGGAAACUUAUAAUGAAGAUACUCCAGUUGAUCUUAGAACAAGUGACAAUAACAGUUGUGAUGUAUUAGACCUCAGUAAGAAAAAAAGAGACAAAGAUAACGAUGAGCCUAAGGUCACAUCGCACCCAGCUUUUAAUAGUUCUAAAUCAGUUGCAGCUACAGCAGCAGCAGCGGCGCUUGAAGAAACUAGAUUUAUUCUAGCACAGCAAAGACUGUUAGAAAGUUCUUUCCCUAAAAUAGACUCAGCACUUUAUGUUAAUCAGUUAUCACAACUCUAUGCCAGCGCAGUACCCGGUUUGCCUGGUCUACCUCUCCCAGCAUCGUUUCCAAUAAACCCUUAUAUACUCCAAACUUCCUUUUUUCCCCACCCAUCAGACUCGCAAGAGCUAGCGGAAAUAAAACAAAGGAUUCAAAAUGAAAUAAUUCGAGGCCUUAGCAUGUCCGGUGGUAGAUUGGUUAACACCGAAACUGAAAAUCAGCUUAAAAAAGAACCUGAAGAAGAGGAACAAAAACCAAUUCAUGUUUCCACAACGCCAACCCCGCCUCCACACUCAGAAUCUCCGCUACCGAUAACUAGCGUUAUUUCUCAAAAUGAUUCCGUGAAAAUGGUAAUAAAGAACGGUAUUCUUAUGCCAAAACAGAAACAAAGACGUUAUAGAACCGAGCGUCCGUUUUCCUGCUCCCAGUGUUCCGCUCGUUUUACAUUGCGUUCAAACAUGGAACGACACGUAAAACAACAGCACCCCCAUCAUUGGAGUGUCAGACGUCCAGCGACGAGAGCGCCUCCACCAUACCCAACUAACGAUACACUAGCUGAUCGUGUCAAAUACGCGUUGCUGGCUCGUCAGUUGGAAAGACCCAUCACUUCUGAUCGUUCUCCUGUCAGGAGAGAUUCGGAUGAAGUCGCUGACAAUGAAGAAGACGAAGAAGAUACGCUAGUUAUCGACGAGGAACCAGAGGAAAAACUAGUUGAACAUAAAGCCGCACAUCGAGCAGCAGCGGAAAUUCUUAUCGCUACACGUCAGCAAGAAAUGCACAAAGAUUUUGACUUAAAAAUAGCAGGGAACCUUAUUAAUAAACCCAUCCCAAUACUCACAGAGAAAAACGAAAGAGGAACAAGUCCAAUUUUAAGUCAGGACAAUGUUCCGGUGGUUCCAACUCGAAGUGAUGAAGAAGAAGACGAGGAAGGUCUGGUUGCGUCAACUAGCGAAGGAAAUAAUUCUGGAAGUGACGAAAACAAGUCAGAAUCAGAUACCGGCACACAACCACCGAAAAAGAAGUCUGCGUAUAGCCUGGCACCAAAUCGCGUAUCCUGCCCCUACUGUCAUCGUAAAUUCCCUUGGUCCUCAUCUCUCCGACGUCACGUCCUCACUCAUACUGGCCAAAAGCCCUUCAAAUGUCCCCACUGCCCGCUGCUUUUUACGACCAAAUCGAACUGUGACCGCCACCUACUGAGGAAACAUGGCGGAUCAGCUAAAGCCAUAUUGGCUGAACCCAUACAAGAUUCCAUAAAUCCACAACCAACUGACAGAAGCGUACCAGAGAGACCGUACAAAUGCGCCUCGUGUCCUACAAGUACAUAUUCUUCGAUGGAAACUUUGAAAAAGCACAUGGCCUCUAGACACGGUACUGGAGAAUCUCAGCCAAGCUCUCCGAAUCCUGAAGAAGAGGUCGAUGGUAGUUUGGUCUACAAGUGCCACCUUUGCGAGGGCUCGUUUAGUGAUAGAACGGCAGCUUUAGAACACUUGGCUUCGACGCAUACAUCUGAAUAUGAACAAUUGGUCAGCAAGGGUGCCUUGGAUGCUGCCAGUGACCGCAGUGAAAGCGCUGAUGAUGAUGAUAGGGGAAAAUUUCCUGACCAUGCAAAUAGAAAGGUUGUCUGUGCGUUUUGCAUUCGUCGUUUCUGGUCAGCAGAAGAUUUGCGAAGACACAUGAGGACUCAUUCCGGUGAAAGGCCCUUCGCCUGUGACCUCUGCAGGCGACGGUUCACAUUAAAACAUUCGAUGUUAAGACACCGAAAGAAACAUAAAGAGGAAACAGAUGAUGAAGAGUCACCAAGAGAAGAUACAACUAAUGGUUAUCGUUACCAAGAAGACGACGGUUCCGGUAACGAAAUCCCAAGCAACGUUAACAACAACAAUUCACCGCCCUCCGCGCCCUUUGACAAGAAACUUAAACUGGAAAUGACAUCGCGCAAAUAUUCGUCUGAAACAGAAAACGACGCUGAAAACGGCAGCGAUCUUAUUGGAAAGCUACUUGGUAUACCCGAUAAGACCAUCAUAAAUAAGCUGUUAUCCUCAGCGGACGAAGCCGCUAAAUUUCUUGGAGUAAAUAAAUGA